UGGAUUUCCUAUGAUGCGUAACGAGAACCACAGUCGUUCCAGCAUCCGGGAAGCCGUCUACAUACCCCCGACUUUUUGCAACCUUACCUAGGCGAGUGAACCCAGAACACGGUGCAACAUCCUUGGCAUUAACACUUCCUCACAUCCCAGACAGUGAACAAAUAUAGGUACCUUUGAAAGCGCACUUUCAUUCAGCGUGUGCUACAAGAAGCCAAGAAAAUGCUGGACGUGACUCCCGCACUGAUACUGCUCAUCGUUGCCGGAACAUCUCAAUGCGCACCAACUCUCGAGGAAGCCCUGACUAACGUUGAACGGUCCGUCGCAGAACUGAAGAGGAUAGUCGUAAAGGGCCAACCGAGAGACUGCGGCGACCUCUACUUCUCUGGCCAGAACCACAGCGGUGUCUACAACAUCUACCCUUACGAAGAUUCAACAGCAGCCGUUUCAACAUACUGCGAUAUGGAGUCAGACGGCGGAGGAUGGACUGUCUUCCAGAGGCGAGGCCAGUUUGGAAAUCCCGUAUUCUACUUUUACAGAAAAUGGGCUGACUACGCCCACGGUUUCGGAAACCCAGCAGAAGAAUACUGGUUAGGUAACAACGUCAUUCACUCCCUGACCUCAAGAAAAGCAAUGAGGCUACGAAUCCAGCUCAAGAACCACACGCAUGAAACACUGAUAGCCGACUAUUCGCUUUUCAAAGUUUCCGACGAAAAAGAACACUUCAAGAUUACAGUGAGCGGAUACACAGGGAAACAAGGGUCAGAUUCUUUCAGCGGCACAAAUGGGGCCAUGUUCAGCACGCAGGACCAAGACCACGACACUCACUCGGGCAACUGCGCCGUCAUGUUUAAAGGAGCCUGGUGGUACACAAGCUGCCACAGUUCAAACCUCAAUGGCCUCAACCUCAACGGCGAGCACCCCACGCAUGCGAACGGCAUAGAAUGGUCACACAGGGACGGCGCCACUGGCUUGCACUAUUAUUCUUUUCCGGAAGUUGAAAUGAAAAUUAGAGACGUCAGCUUUACGACUUCAGCGACUGUUCCCCUGUGAAUGGCUCUCUCUAUUUUUUGUCGAUGAGGUAGAGCUUGUUUAGAUGAAAAAGAAAAAAAGGCAUCCUCCUCCAAGGAAUGAGGUAGACAAGUGAAUAAAGUGUGCACCUGCUUA